AACCAGCCUUUAAAGGGCUCAAACCAUCCUCGGCCCACAGAUGAUGGGCCGAGAGAGAGACAAGAAUAAGAGUCCAAACCAGGGGCUUCGCGAACCGUCCACGCCACCCCGACACGCGGUUUCCGUUUCCGAUAUCGUCGUUAUCCCUCCGAACCGCAUCUUCCUCCGUCUCUCUCUCUCUCUCUCCCUUUUUCUACUCGCCUUUUCCACUUUCCCUUUGUUCCCGCAUUCUCCUCUUUCUCCUCUCUCGCCAUGGCUUCCUUCUCUUAUCGUCUCCUCUUCCUCCUCCUCGCUGUUGCUUCCUCCGCCACGGCCUUCCAAUUGGGCGACGGCGGCGGACGGAAGGUCGGCGGUCGGACGGAGGUGCCGCACGUGGAGUCCAACAAGGAGGUGCAGGACCUCGGCCUCUUCUGCGUCGAGGAGUACAACCAGCACCUCCAUGGCGGCGGCGAGGUCCUGACGUUCUUGCGGGUAUUGGCGGCUGAGCGCCAGGUGGUGUCCGGGAUCAAGUACUAUCUAAAGAUCGCCGCCCGGGACGGUCGCGAGCGGAGCUUCGACGCCGUCGUCGUCGUCAAACCCUGGCUCAAGUCCCGGUCGCUCCUCUCCUUCGCCCCCUCCGCCCACCGCUGAGAUCCCGGCCAUCGCAGCUCGGUCUUGACUCCAAUCCGGGAAUUGGAGUCAGCCCGAGUCUGUUUAUAUUUAGGAAGGAAAAAAAGAAUUCUGAGCUUGAGGUAAUGUUGUUAUUUUUAGAAAGAAAAAAAAAGUCUGAGUUUGUGUUCUUCCUUUGACGUUAUGGGAAAAAAACAAAGCUUGAGUUUAUGUUAUUAUUGAUAUUUGGAGUUUGUUUUGGAAUUUGAGAGCUUUCUUUUCUUUACCAGCGAAGUGAAAAAUGGCACUUGUGGGUGCUUAUGUUUAUA